AUGAUUUCAAGGAGACAGAGCCCUCUGAUUGCGAUCGUCCACGAUCGCACGUUCCCUAAUACUCCAGUCUACUAUGAGAAGGGACGCAAUGACACUUUACGACUUCCUGCAGCGAAUGAAUUCACCCUACUCCAAAUGGCAAAUGAGACCAAGAAUAAACAGGUGCAAAACUGUCUGGAUCAAAAAUUUCAGUCGGAAUGUCGCAAUCAUAUCUUGAGACGUCUGACUGCACCCCAAGUGCCGACAAGUAUGUACAAAGAAAACGACAUGGUCAAGUCGCACAUAAGGGAGAUACUGGUUCACAGACAUAGAAACUUGCUAAGGAAUGUAAUGAAGGAUGAUGCAGAAAAAUAUAAAAAAGAAAUGCGUGAAAAGACUGGACUCAUCCCACUCUUUAAGAAUUUGGACACCAGAGGCCAAGAAGAGGAGUAA